CUCUGUAACAGAUCCCGCCGCCCCGGCCUGCACCCCUUGUCCCAAAGGUAGGCGGGUGCCUUCACCCCAACAUCCCGACUGGCCGGGGUCACAGCCCGGCCGCAGCUUGCCAGGGGCCUCACCGCCCCGCCGUCUCCUCUCCAUCCCCUCCCCCCAGGAGGGAGGAGGAGACUCCCCGGCCCUCCCUUGGCCCUCCCGGCGGCGGUCGCAGCCAGCCCCGUGCCCGCUCCGCCCAGCCACUGCGGGUCGGACGUCCGGAGCCCGCGGGUCCCCGACCGAGGUCCCAGGAGGCAUCCCCCACCUGGUGGCUGGGAGAGCUGUGAGUAGCAGUAGUCAUGCACACUGGUCUCGCAUCCGCCACACGUACCCCGCGCGGCCCCUGAGUCUGGACACGAGUUAAAACCCAGGGUCCGCGAGCCCGCUCAUACCAUGAGCCACGGGCCGAGCCCCCGGCUGGCCGAGUCCCCGCAACUGUCCAAGGGCAGCCUCCUAACCAUCCUGGGCAGCCCAUCGCCAGAGCGCAUGGGGCCCUCCGACUCACUGCCGCCCACGCCGCCCAGCGGCACGCCCUCUCCAGGACCGCCUCCCGCGCUGUCUCUGCCGCCAGCGCCCGCACUGCUGGCCGACGGGGACUGGGAGAGCCGCGAGGAGCUGCGGCUGCGGGAGCUGGAAGAGGCGCGCGCGCGGGCAGCGCAGAUGGAGAAAACCAUGCGCUGGUGGUCGGACUGCACGGCCAACUGGCGCGAGAAAUGGAGCAAGGUGCGCGCCGAGCGCAACCGCGCGCGCGAGGAGGUUCGCCAGCUGCGCCAGCGGCUGGACGCGCUCACCAAGGAGCUGGCGGGCGCACGGCGCGAGCGCCAGGAGGUGCAGGGUGAGUGCGAGGCCCGGGGUCGCGAGCUGGCACGGCUGCGGGGCACCCGGGGAGCCGCCGACCCUACUCCAGAUGGACCUGAGACAGAGCUGGAGCGGGAGCAGGAGCCGGUGCGCGAUGUCGGGUCCGAGAGGCCCCAGGGCAGCCAGGAGCUGGAGCUCGUGGAGAGCCUGCUGAAGGGCAGACCAGAAGAGCCCGAGGGCUGCUGGGAGGCACGCAGCAUGGGGACCGGGGGCCCACGGAGCAGCUCGGGCCGCCAGGAGCGCAGCCGGCUGCCCUGGGAGGACACAGCCACCAUCGAGGAGGAUGCCUCCAAGUUGACCGCCCUGCGACUGAGGCUGGAUGAAUCCCAGAAGGUGUUGCUCAAGGAGCGAGAGGAUAAACUGGCACUGAGCAGGAACAUUGAGAAGCUGGAGGGAGAGCUCAGCCAGUGGAAGAUUAAGUACGAGGAGCUGAGCAAGACCAAGCAGGAGAUGCUCAAGCAAGCUGUCUUGCAGCUCAGCAUCCUGAAGGAGGCCCACCAGGACGAGCUGGGCCGCAUAUCUGAAGACCUGGAGGACGAGCUGGGUGCACGGUCCAGCAUGGACAGGAAGAUGGCUGAGCUAAGGGGCGAGAUGGAGCGGCUGCAGGCAGAGAACGCAGCUGAGUGGGGUCGCCGCGAGCGGCUGGAGACUGAGAAGCUGGGCCUGGAGCGGGAGAACAAGAAGCUGCGAGCGCAGGUCGGGGACCUGGAGGAGGCCCUGGCCCGGCGGCGGCGACAGACAGCCAGCGCCCUGGACUGCGACCUGCGGGCCAGUCAGGCUGCGCUCUUCGAGAAGAACAAGGAGCUGGCGGACCUGAAGCAUGUGCAUGGCAAGCUGAAGAAACAGUUCCAGGAGAAGGUGGCGGAGCUGACACACGCCAGCCGGCGGGUGGAGCAGCACGAGGCCGAGGUGAAGAAGCUGCGGCUGCGGGUGGAGGAGCUCAAGAAGGAGCUGGCCCAGGCUGAGGAUGAGCUGGAUGAGGCCCACAACCAGGCACGCAAGCUGCAGCGGUCGCUGGACGAGCAGACAGAGCAGAGCGAGAACCUUCAAGUGCAGCUGGAGCAUCUGCAGUCCAGGCUCCGCAGGCAGCAGCAGAAUGCCCCCCUCUUUGGGAAGAUUCGCAGUGCUCGCUUUGGCACUGAGGAGGCCGGGGAUGGAGCUAGCGACCUGGAUGAGGACGAGGACCUGCAGAUCCAGGUGGCCUAGAGCUCCCGGGGCUGGCAGGACUGGCCCUCGGCCGCAGACCCCGUGGGUGCCCAGGCUGGCCAGCCACGGACAACUUCCUUCUUUCCCAGGGUGGAUGUCAAUGGUCCCACCCAGCCAGUGCCCCGUAGAAGGAAAGCCAUGCCCUAUGUUUUAUAUAUAUGUAUAUUUUUAUAUAUAUAUGCCCAGGGUCUUUGGACCCAUUUGGUUUUAGAAACACAAAACUGCUCCAAGGCCUGGUCUAGGUGACCCCACCCACCCAGGACCUUCAUGCAGGUGGGAGGAGGAUGUCAAGAGAGGGCUGUUGGGGCUGUGACCCAGGCUGCCUCUCUGAGCCGUGGGGGUUGAACAGAAGCUGUUCAUAGUCCAAUGUGAUAAACCCGGUCUUUUGUAAUAAAGGGAAUUAAGGUUCUACGGGUGGAGUCCUGAGAGUGUGACACAUCUGGGCAAGUGGGGCGGGGGACAGUGUCAGCCUCCACCUGGCCCCAAACCUGAGCUCAGAAAUAUCAAGUGACUUAAUGAAUGAAUGAAUGUGAGAAAGAAUGAAUAAAUGAACAUCUGAGCUGCCGAUUCCAGUCGAUCUGGAAUCCAGCUCAUGUAAAGGGAAGGAGAAAGCAUGGUACAUAUCUGAUCUGCAGAAGAGGACUUCAGUUUUGGCACCAGAUGGAUUCAGCUCUGUCCCUUACUGGCUCUGCAACUUUGGGGAAGUUACUUGCCCUCUCUGAACCUCAGUUUCUCCAUCUAUAAAUUAGACAUCUCACGGAGCCAUCCUGAGAAUUAGAUGAGUUCGUCUGGAACUCAGUGAAAGGUUAUUUACUAUUGAACUACUUGAAGGUAUGCCCUGGGGAGGAGGGAUUUGCCAGCUGGGUUCUGCCCCAGGGAUGAAGUUCAGGCAAGGAGUACCUUACCCAGAGGUAGGUGUAUAUACAAUAAAUAAGAAAUCCUUUUAUCUUUCCCGUAACCAUGUUCUAGGUAGUGAAAUAACAGGUAAUUAUAAGCUUAUUUUUGAUACUGAAUCUCUAAGUCUUCUAUAACCAGCAGAUGUAUACUAAAUCUGGUAGGAAAAGUUAUUAAAAACACAGUAGCAUACAUUUUUGAAUCUGGCAAGUCGAGGUAGCAUUCAAGAUACCUGCCCUGGAUGAGAACCUUAGAUGAAUUCUCGGCACCAAGAUCUGCUUUCUGAAGGCGGCACUGUCAGCACUGUGCUAACAUGUCGAAGGUGA